GCGUUCCGUCAGAACGUGCUUUUCAAAUCAGUUUCUUUGAAACGAGCGCCAAAAAGAAUCACUGCGAAAAGGAACGGCAGAUGCCUGUCAAGACGCCUCUCUCGCAUCAAGUGCAUUUUAUACAGAGGAUCAGCUCGUUUUGGUCGGUGAUUUAGUCGGUUAAUCUAAACAUGCCGCGCGGAGAACACCACCGGUCCGACCGCGAUAGAGACCACGAUUAUAGAGACAGAAGAGAGCGAGCCGAAGAAACUGGCAGCCAAGAAAUACUAGAUGAAGGAAUAAUACAGGUACAGGUUAUUCCACAGGACGACAAUUGGGGAGAAACAGCCACCUCUAUUACAGAGACGGCUACAUCGAUCGUAACACUUAGCGAAACGGACCUUAGCGACAUUGUGAAAGAAAGACGUCGCAUCUCAUGCGGCAGCUUCGGACGCCAUGUUAAGCUCAUACCGCAGGCAGUUUUGUGCGUGUUUUCUGUAGUUUCCCCGAUUCUUUUCGUGGUUUUCCCACUGGUUACAUGGAAACCUACGCCCUGUGGCUCAACAUGUGAUGGACUUUUCAUUAGUUUUGCCGUCAAAGAGCUGUUGUUAAUGAUCGGGAUUUGGGCUUUGUAUUUUCGCAUGUCACGGGUCACCCUUCCUCGACUAUUUGUUCUCCGAGUUGCCUUCAUGGUGCUUGUGUUUUUGGUUCUCGUUUGUUUCUGGCUUUUCUACGGUUGGAGAAUCAUUGAUAAGAAGGCAAACAAUUUUGUUGAAAUUCUUUACUUUGCGAUCAACAUGCUAGAUACAUUGCUGUUUUUGCACUACGCUUCUGUGGUGGUGCUUUGGAUUCGCCAAACAGACCCUUUGUUUACACUCAAAGUGAUUCGUAGCACAGACGGAAUAAGUCGGCAUUAUAACAUCGGGCCUUUGUCGAUCCAGCGGGCUGCAGUGUUUGUGUUGGAGCAGUAUUACAAGGAUUUUCCUGAGUAUAAUCCAUUUCUCAUGCAGACGCCAGCGCGGACGGCGCACAAGCAAUUCUCGAGUCUCAAAUUUUACGACAUCGAUGGAAAGCAGAACGACAAAGUAAACCCGCGGGCCAGAGCAAUCUUGACGGCAGCCUCGACCCGUAGACGGGACCCAGCGAGAAACGACCGAUUUUACGAAGAAGCAGAGUUUGAUAAGAAAGUGAAGCGACGAAAGGCGCGAUUGUUUAACGCGUGUGAAGAGGCCUUUGGACAUAUUAAACGCGUUCAACUUGAGCGUGGCCCUUGUGUUCCGAUGGAUCCUGAAGAAACGGCCCAAUCCCUGUUUCCAUCAUUUGCCAGACCGCUUCAAAAAUACUUGAGAACUGUUAGACUUCACCAUCGGUACUCGAUGGACGGAAUUAUUAAGCAUCUCGCGCAUUGCUUGACUUUUGAUAUGACCCCGAAAGCGUUUCUGGAACGAUACGUGAGCGAGCAGCCCUGUGUGGAAUUUACCACCAAAAGGCGAACUCAAAGUUGGAGUAUAGUCUGUGAAGAACAAGUUACGAAAUCACUGUCUUCUUCGACGGUGUUUCAACUAAAAGGAGACGAACUUGCUUUGAUAGUGACCGUACGAAGAUUACCAUACCUUGAUAUUUCAGAAGACGAGUUUGACUUUGAAAGCAACAAGUUUGUACUAAGGCUCAACUCUGAGACUUCGGUCUAAACCAAGCUCUUUGUGCUGAAUAUUUUGUAAAUAGCAUCAAUGCUGUUAUAUUUCUCAAGUGUGCUCUCCAAGAGAAACAAACCCUAAUUUAAGGACAUUUUUCAGGCAGCGAAAUAUUGCAGUUGAAUGUUUCUUACAACAUGAAAUAUACAGUAUUGUUUUCUCGUACACCGUGGGAUUUUUAAAGUGGCCCCAAAGACUGGUAUUGUCUAGAAUUUCUCUAGAAAAUGUUUUAAGUGAUUUACGUAUUUGACCAUUCCUCUACACUCCAUGUUGUUUACAAAAAAGCUAAUUUUUGAAUCGGAAAGUAUUUUCUACGAAUGGAUUACCAGUUAUUUGCGGAAGAUUUGUUGUAAGGUCGCGCAAAUUAAAAUUGAUCGUAAUCUUUUGCUUGUUGUAGUCGCAGUCGUCUUCAGUUUCAGGUUAACUUAAAUGCAGAAAUUCGAAGUAAUUAUCUCUUCAGAAAAACUAACUUUGCCAGUUAAUUGAGGGUUGAAGUUACAUUUCAUUAAAAUAUUCAGAAAUACAAACAGA